AUGGUAAUAGUCAGUAAAAGGUUGAAUCUCUGGCAGCUAUUUGUUCUGAUCAUCGACCUAUUGUACUUGAAUGGGGUUCGGGCAGUGCAGUUCAGAGCUGGGGUUCUAGCAGCUUUAAGUAUGAAUAUAAUUGGGUCCAAGCUAAAGUAUUGUAGUAAAGAAUUCAAGAAAUGGAGCAAGAACUUGGAUAGUGAGAGAACUAAAGUCAUUAAGGAGAAAUCAAUGAUGUUGGAUCAGCUUCAACAAAAUGAAGAUACGUGUUCUAUGGCUACUCAGAAACAGCUUCAGAAGGAUAUAGAUUUUCUUCUGGAUCAAGAGGACAUCAAAUGGAAGCAAAGGGCAAAGAAACACUGGCUAGAAAAGGGGGAUCGUAAUACUAAGUUUUAUCAUGCUUGUGUCAACCAGAGGAAAAAGAAAAAUUCAAUACAAAAAGUUGUCACUGCUGAUGGGAUGCUUUUGACAGAACCUGGAGAAAUUUUGCUUGGCUUUGGGCAGCACUUUUCUCAGGUAUUUCUCUCUACUCAUCCUCCUAGAGAUAUCAUUUUACAGUGUUUAGCAAGAGUGGACACUCGAAUCUCUGAUGACAUGAGAUUAGAUUUGGAGAGGGAUUUCUCAAGUGCGGAUGUUCUAUUCGCCUUAAAACAAAUGUCUCUUUUAAAUCUCCCGGGGCAGAUGGGUUUAGUGCUGGUUUCUUUUUAG